AUGGACCCUCACCAAUCACCAGCUGAUAAUGCCGCAUCGCCUACGAAGAGCGUGAAGGCAACCACUAAAAAUUCGUCCACGAAUAAUAAUGUCAAUAGCAACAACAGCAAUAAUAACAGUAACCAUGAUAUACUGAAUUUUAAUGAUAACUAUACUACCAUUCUGCAACAUUUGGCAAACGACCAUCCUAAUAUACUGAGGGAGAAAGGAGGAUCACAACAACAACAGCAUCAGCAGCAGCAACAACAGCAACAACAGCAGCAACAACAGCAGCAACAACAGAGCCUGGAUACCCUUUUGCACCAUUAUCAAAGUUUACUCUCCAAGAGUGAUAAUGCAAUAGCCUUUGAUGACAAUGUUAGUAACAGCGCAGAUCAUAAUGGCAGUAAUAGCAACAAUAAUAACAACAAUAAUGACAUAUCUAGUCCCGGUAAUCUGAUGGGAUCUUGCAAUCAAUGUAGAUUAAAGAAAACAAAGUGCAACUAUUUUCCCGACCUAGGCAACUGUCUCGAAUGUGAAACGUCAAGAACUAAAUGCACCUUCAGUAUUGCUCCAAAUUAUUUGAAAAGAACGUCCUCUGGGGCAAACAAUAACAUGCCAACCUCUUCAAACUCCAAACGAAUGAAAAAUUUUGAAGACUAUUCGAAUCGCUUACCCAGUAGCAUGCUCUAUAGACAUCAACAGCAGCAGCAACAGCAACAGCAGCAACAGCGUAUACAAUACCCCAGAUCCUCUUUUUUCGUCGGUCCGGCCUCAGUUUUCGAUUUGAACUUGACCAAGCAUGUAAGACUAGAUAAUGUUGACCAAAUACAGCUAUCAAAAACUUUAUCAUUAAGAAAGGUGUCUCCUACCGCACAGUUUAUUCUUCAGGACGAUUUUGACACGACCCUUCAUAGUAAGCAAGAAUACGAAGUUGAUUUGGUCGAAAAUCUGGUACAUCCGCACGGUCACCUUUUAGUAGAGAUUUUCUUCAAAUUGAUUCAUCCUUUUCUUCCAAUUUUACACGAACGUGUAUUUUUGGAAAAGUAUUCUAGAUCUUAUAGAGAACUCACUGCGCCUUUACUGGCAUCCAUUUACUCACUGGCAUUACAAUAUUGGGAUUUUCAUCCUGCACUUUUGGGGUUCCCUAAACCCGAUGUAACUGCUCAACUAAACAAUAUCGCAUUGGAAACAUUUUAUGCUCGAGUUGGAAGGCCAAAAUUGAGCAUUAUACAAACAGGCCUUUUGAUUUUGCAAUGCCGUAGUGAAUGUCAUAACAACUGGGUCCUCUGCUCCAGCGUAGUGGCCCUUGCAGAGGAAUUGGGGCUCGGGGUUGAAUGUAAUGAUUGGAAACUUCCCAAAUGGGAAAAAGAUUUGAGAAAGAGAUUAGCGUGGGCAGUUUGGUUGAUGGAUAAAUGGUGUGCAUUAAACGAAGGUAGACAAUCCCAUUUAAUUUUAGGUAGGAACUGGAUGAUCAAGCUAUUAAACUUUGAUGAUUUUCCUCUGAAUUCGCCCACUAUUUUAAAUUCCUUGCAAAAUGACCAGUCGGGGUCUUCACCCUCGUCAUCAAAUGAUGUGAAAAACCAUCAGAUAGCAUUUGGUAACUUGCCCAUAUUUAACAUAAACCCCACUUUAGAAGAUUUCAAGAAUGGAACGCUUAUGUUUCAACAAAUGGUUUCCUUGAGUAUAAUUCUUGGGGAAAUCAUGGACACAUUUUACACUCAGGGAUCCAUGACAAUAAACAAAAGCAUUGAACAGGUAUUGAAACUGGCAAAGCCGUUGCAACUGAAAUUAAGAGAAUGGUACCAUUCCCUACCCAAGAAUUUGUCAAUGAGUUAUGCCACGCCACAAAAAUUGAACUCAAAUUCAACUUUAACUCUAGCUUAUUUUGCCACGGAAAUUACGUUACAUAGGAAAAUUAUCUGUGCCUUGAAUCCUCAAACUCCAAAGGAACUGGUUCAAGUAUGCAGGACUGCUGCAAGAACCAGGCUUGUAGCAGCAAUUGAAUUUAUAAGAGAUCUAAAAAACGAACAUAUUAAUGCUUUUUGGUAUAACUGCUCAACUGGAAAUCUGAUGCUAAUUGGAACAUUUGCUGCCCUGCUGUAUGUGACUUCAGCUACGAAGGAAGAGGCUAUGAUUUUCAGAGAUUAUGUUAGAAAUUAUACCUGGGUAUUGAAGAUAGGUUCCAAAUACUUUGAUAAACUAUCGAAUGCUUUGAAUAAUAUGCAUUUACUAUUUGCACAAAUUCCUGGUCUUCUGACCGAUGAACCGGUGGUCGUGAGCCCUAACUCUAACAUCAAUUCCGUUAACCCACAAAGGUCAGGUGUACAAUCGCAAAUCCCAAUACAAUUUAACGUGGGAUCACCUGCCAUGACCGAGCAAGGAUCUCCUUUAAACCAGUGGAAGAAUUUGCCCCAGGAAAUCUUGCAACAACUAAACUCCUUUCCCAACGGUACGACCAGUACAACAACGCCAGUAAACCCCACUUCCAGACAAACACAACUAGAAUCGCAGGGAAGUCCAGCCAUAAAUAGUGCUAAUAAUAAUAGCAACAACACGCCUUUACCAUUUGCGCCAAAUAAGUCUUCUAAAAAAACUUCACAAUCUUCACCAAAUGUUACGCCCUCUCAUAUGAGCAGACACCCCCCCUCUAAUACAUCUUCACCAAGAGUCAAUUCCAGCACAAAUGUCAACUCUAAUACACAAAUGAAUGCUUCUCCCUUGACCUCAAUUAACGAAACCAGACAAGAGUCAGGUGACGCUGCAGAUGAAAAAACAGCAGGAAGAGAAAGAACCGCCAACGAGGAAUCAUCAACGGAACUCAAGGACGAUAAUCCAAACUCGAACCAGGAAACAAGCGCAACUGGUAACCAAACUAUAAAAAUGAAUGAUGAUAAAAAUGUAACAAUUAACACAAGGGAAACCCCUCUGUAA